CCUUCACAUAGGUUUGUUAACCAAUUAGCAGCAACUUCACUUUGAUCCAAGUUAAAGGCAAAGGUCAAGGGUCAGUGAACACACCACACCACACCACCCUCUUCUUUUUCUUAUCAUAGAUAGAGGCUUUCACUGCUUCAAACAAGAAGAGCUAUUUCCAUCUUCCAGUCUAGGAUAUACAAGCAAUGUCUAAUAUGAUAGAGGUGAGAGUUCCAAAUCUUGAUUGUGAAGGAUGUGCUUCAAAAUUAAAGAAAGCUCUCUUCAAGCUCAAAGGAGUAGAUGAGGUGGAAGUUGAAAUGGAAGCACAAAAAAUAACAGUGAGGGGCUAUGGUUUGGAGGAAAAGAAGGUUCUUAAGGCAAUCAAACGUGCAGGGAAAGCAGCAGAACCAUGGCCAUUUCCAGGGCAUGCUCAUUUUUCCUCAUUUUACAAGUACCCUAGUUACAUUGUUAACCAUUACUAUGAUGCAUACAAAAGUGAAGCUACCAAUGGAGUCCACACUUUCUUCCACACCCCUGCAGUGUAUUCAGUUGCUGUGGCAUCUGAUGAAGCCUUUGCUUCUCUCUUUAGUGAUGAUAACCCACAUGCUUGCACUAUAAUGUAAUUGAACUAAACCAGGUUCAUGUAUACUUGUUUUCUUCACUUAAGGUUAGUUUCUAUUUGAAGAGAAGGUGAAGAAGCAAAAUUGAGUGAGGCAUCUUUUCCAAGGGAAUUUUGUGCUUUGUUUAUUGGUUAAUUUUUUUUGCCAGUUUUCUUGAGUGUGUUAUCAUGUGCCUCCUUUUAAUAUCCAUUGCGUUGCUUGGCUCC